AUGGCCUCGCAGCCUCCGGCGGGCUCUGGACCGUUGCCGGCCUCCUCGGCCGGCCCUGAUCGAGGCUCUGGACCCUCUUCAGAGCCGCCCCCAUCCUCAAGGGCUAAACGCCGCCGCGAAACCGAGGCCCAGCCACUCCGGCCCAGCCUCGUGGGAAGCCAGCCCGACGCCCCAACAACAACCCCCUUAACGGCUAAGGGGCCCUCGACUAUGACUGGGACAGCUACUGGAGCUGUCCUUACAGCUCUUAAUGAAGAGGCUAAGCACUAUGAAGCCCGAAAGGACGUCUUUAUGGCUAUUGCUCAGUCUGUGGACAACGUGAUCUCUUGCUUUGAGGGGCCUAGGAAGCAGAUUGCAAAAGAAGCUACAACCUAUGUAAUCCAAGCCUUGAAGAGGAUUAUGGGUAACGAGACUACGGCUCCGGCUCCGAGCCGGAAAUGGACUGACGUAGCAGCCUCGGCUUCAACUACAGCCGUGGCCGUAGCCCCGACCCGUACUCGAAUCCCCACCCGGCCCGAAGUCCAGACACAGAGUCUGACGGAGACCCGGGCCCAGGCUCUAUCCCAACCGAAGGAGGACCUCCGGGUCUUUACCCGUAUCCCAGAAGAGGGCCUAGCGGCUGCUAGGAAGCACGCCCCCUUCGCCCUACGCCGGACAAAGCUCGUCAUUGGCAUCAUGAAUACCCAUAGCGGGAUUCCAACCCACGACUCCUCACUUACGAUUGAUCCUUACCUCCGGGCCCUCCUCUAUCAGUUAGAUUAUGGUACUGCCAACGAACUCUCAUUAUCAUACGGAAGUAUGAGAAAGGAGCUGAACAGGAUCUUCGUCAAGAAGAAAGAUAUAAUCAGGGCAGAGAUCCGGAGGUUAAUGACGAAAGUCCACCUAUCAUUCGAUCUAUGGACCUCGCCAACGCGGAAUGCCAUCAUCGCCGUCUUCACUCACUUUCUAAACCAUGCUGGGCAAUAG